GCGGCGGGGCGGAAAGGCGGCGUGUCCUUGCGCAGAGCGGCGGCCCCGACCCCGGCGGCGGCGGGAGAGCGGCGGCCCGGCCCGGCCCGGCCCGCCGCAGCCCCGGCAUGUUCAAGAACACGUUCCAGAGCGGGUUCCUCUCGGUGCUGUACAGCAUCGGCAGCAAGCCGCUCCAGAUCUGGGACAAGAAGGUGCGCAAUGGCCACAUCAAGCGAAUCACUGACAAUGACAUUCAGUCGCUGGUGCUGGAGAUUGAAGGAACUAAUGUCAGUACCACGUACAUCACGUGCCCUGCUGACCCAAAGAAGACCCUGGGCAUCAAACUACCUUUCCUAGUGAUGAUCAUCAAGAACCUGAAGAAAUACUUCACGUUUGAAGUGCAGGUGCUAGACGAUAAGAACGUACGGCGGCGUUUUCGGGCGAGUAACUACCAGAGCACGACUCGGGUGAAGCCCUUCAUCUGCACCAUGCCCAUGCGGCUGGACGAUGGCUGGAACCAAAUCCAGUUCAACCUGUCGGACUUCACACGUCGGGCUUACGGGACAAAUUACAUUGAGACCCUGAGAGUUCAGAUCCAUGCCAACUGUCGCAUCCGACGGGUGUACUUCUCUGACCGGCUCUACUCAGAGGAUGAGCUCCCAGCUGAGUUUAAGCUGUAUCUGCCUGUCCAGAACAAGGCCAAGCAAUAACACCACCUCAGGAAGAGAUGCGAGAAAUGUUUGGGGUCAGUAGGAAAACAAAAGCAGGUGGAAGAGAAGGCCCUGCUGAGACCAAGUUUUAGAUCAGCUCACCUUGCCUAGGGUAACUUUGAUUCGUCUGGAAUCCCUCUUCUGGACAGGACACAAUUAACCACGUAACAGGUCUGUGACUAUGUUGUUGGUGUGCAGGUUGUACAGAACCGGAGUUUUCCUAGCUGUUCCUAAAGGGCUGAGACAAAACCACUGCAAGUGGCCUGGUACCUGAUCUGACGUUGCACAGAGGGGUUGCUCAAAGUGGGCACUGUGCCUCCAAAGAGGGAAUUCGGCAGGAAUUACCAGGUUAAGCAUGCCCUCUUGACAAUACCAAUUUUAUCUUUUCUUUCCUUGUUUUCCAUCUCUUAUUUUAUAUAUGCUCUAAAUAUGGGUGUAAUACUCUUGAAAAGUUAUUAAACAUUUGACUCUGA